AUGUACAUAGCACACGAGGCUUCCACGAUAUACAGAUGUUCGUUGAGUAUUGCCUUCUGCUGUCACAAUACGAGGCCCGUACGCAUCAGAACUCGCUUGCCUCAAAAGGUGGCCAACGUCAAAGAGGACCUGAUCAACAUCAUGCGUCAGCCUUUCCCUUCCCCCGCCGCCAAGUCGACCACGUAA